UGUUAAAUAGAGAAUCAAAUCUAAAGAUCCAUCAGAUAAUUUCUAUUUACCUAUAUACUUAUUAUUGCGUACAAAUUCACGUAUGUUUGUAGAAAAAAAAAGAAUAAACGCGUAAUCCAAUUUUCUUUCUCUUCACUGAUCGUGAUAACCAGCCAGUUUUUGUUAGCGGUCGAGUUUUUGACGUUUAAAAAUUAUAACCAAGUUUUUGGCGCAAAAUGUUGUGACAAGUAAAAAUUAUAAAUGUGUCGAGAAGUAGUGAUCAUCAGUCGGCUUUUGUGGAUCGACGCGCGAUGAGCGCUGGCGCAGAAAUAGGAGAUAAUAAUGUGGGAGAGAUUUACGCCUGGCUCGACCAGAUACCACUCUCGAGACCAAAGCGGAAUGUGGCACGGGAUUUCUCGGAUGGAGUCUUGAUGGCUGAGCUACUGAAGAGGUACUAUCCGCGACACGUCGACGUUCAAAAUUACAUUCCCGGCUCCAGUAUAGCCAAGAAAAUCGAUAACUGGUGCACGCUGAACAGAAAAGUUUUCCCCAAACUCAACCUCAAACUCAGCAAGGAAACAAUAAACAAAGUAGCUCAGUCCCAGCCUGGAGCGAUAGAAAAAGUUUUGUCUGAAGUUCGUUCCAAGAUUAUAAGAGAUUGUAACGCUGAUAGGAACUCAAUGUUCAAGGAUUGCGAAGAUGCUGGUGGGGAUGAGCUAUUGAAGCAUGCCACGAAUCCUGAGGAUUCGCUGAAUCAAACUGUGCCUAAGAAGACCUUUCUCAAAGUGAAAAAAGAAUUGGAAGAGAAGACACAAGCUAUUCACAUACUUCUGAAGAAAGUUGAACAUUUAGAAAGUAUGCUCAGAUUCAAAGAACAGAGGAUCGAAGACUUGGCAUCUCAAAUUCAAUUGUGUGCUCAAAAAACUUAACAUUACCUGAGGUAUAUACAGUUAAAAUAUUGUACAUAAUAAUAAACUGCAGAUGCUUAGUAAAUUA